AUGUCUGAUAUCGCUGACAAAGCUGCUGAGCAAUUGGAACAAUUGAACAUCAAGGAUGAACAACAAAAUGCUCCAUCAAGCACCGGUUCAGAAGGUCAACAAUCUGACAGCAACUCUACUUCAUUAUACGUUGGUGAUUUAGAUCCAUCUGUUUCAGAAGCUCUCUUAUACGAUAUCUUCUCUCCAAUUGGUUCUGUCACUUCCAUUCGUGUUUGUCGUGAUGCUAUUACCAAGACUUCCUUAGGUUACGCUUACGUUAACUUCGCUGACCAUGAAGCUGGUAAGGUCGCCAUUGAAAGAUUAAACUACACUCCAAUCAAAGGUAGAUUAUGUCGUAUCAUGUGGUCUCAACGUGACCCAGCUUUAAGAAAGAAGGGUAACGGUAACAUCUUUAUCAAGAACUUAAACGCUGAUAUUGAUAACAAAGCCUUAUACGACACUUUCUCUGUCUUUGGUAACAUCUUAUCUUCUAAGAUUGCUACCGACGAAAAUGGUAACUCCAAGGGUUUCGGUUUCGUUCAUUUCGAAGAAGAAGCUGCCGCUAAAGAAGCUAUUGAUGCUUUGAAUGGUAUGCUAUUAAACGGUCAGGAAAUUUACGUUGCUCCACACUUAUCCAGAAAGGAACGUGACUCUCAAUUAGAAAAGACCAGAGCUAAUUUCACCAAUGUUUACGUCAAGAAUGUUCCAUUAGAUACCACUGAAGAAGAAUUUAAAGAACUUUUCGAAAAACCAGGUAAGACUUCUUCCAUCGUUUUAGAAAAGGGUGAAGAUGGUAAAUUAAAGGGUUUUGGUUUCGUUAACUACGAAAACCACGAAGAUGCUCUAAAGGCCGUCGAAGAAUUAAACAAUACUGAAUUCAAGGGCCAAGAAUUAUACGUUGGCCGUGCUCAAAAGAAAUACGAACGUAUGCAGGCUUUGAAGCAACAAUACGAAGCCACCAGACUAGAAAAGAUGGCUAAAUACCAAGGUGUUAAUUUAUUCAUCAAGAACUUAGAUGAUUCCAUUGAUGAUGAGAAAUUAAAGGAAGAAUUCGCCCCAUUCGGUACCAUUACUUCCACUAAGGUUAUGAGAACUGAAAACGGUAAGUCCAAGGGUUUCGGUUUCGUUUGUUUCUCUUCUCCAGAAGAAGCUACCAAGGCUAUCACUGAAAAGAACCAACAAAUCGUUGCUGGUAAGCCAUUAUACGUUGCUAUUGCUCAAAGAAAGGAAGUUAGACGCUCUCAAUUAGCUCAACAAAUCCAAGCUAGAAGCCAAAUGAGAUACCAACAGGCCACUGCUGCUGCCGCCGCCGCUGCUGCUGGUAUCCCAGGUCAAUUCAUGCCUCCAAUGUUUUAUGGUGUCAUGCCACCAAGAGGUGUUCCAUUCAACGGUCCAAACCCACAACAAAUGAACGGUGUUCCACCACAACAAUUCAGAAAUGGUCCAAUGUAUGGUAUGCCACCACAAGGUGCCCCACAGGGUGGUUUCCCAAGAAAUGGUAACAAUGCCAACCAAUUCUAUCAACAAAAGCAAAGACAAGCUUUAGGUGAACAAUUGUACAAGAAAAUCUCUGCUAAGACCUCUGAUGAAGAAGCUGCCGGUAAAAUCACCGGUAUGAUCUUAGAUUUACCACCACAAGAAGUCGUCUCUUUAUUAGAAAAUGAUGAAUUAUUCGAGCAACAUUUCACUGAAGCCUCUGCCGCUUACGAAACUUUCAAGAAGGAACAACAACAACAACAACAAGAAUCUGAAGCUGCUCCACAAGCUUAA